AUGGAUUUCCUCAAAAAUUUGCCACCUGAGUUGGCUUUACGUAUAGUGAAGUAUUUAGAUACUUCAAGCAUGUGUAAAGCAGCGCAAGUGAAUAAAAAUUGGCAGAAUAUUAUUGAUGGUGAUAAGAUAAUUUGGAAAAAGCGGAUAUUAUCAGAUGGAUUUAACUUGGAAAAAUCCGAUGAAGAACGCGCUAUACAUGAAAAUUGGAGCAUACAAAAUUCAAUUGAUUCACCAUUAUUACACGUACUUCCAUCUUCAACAAGCCAUCCCUAUAAAGAAAUUUACCGGCGAUAUUAUAUAAUACACAAAAGUUUUUCUGGUAGUGAUUCCGAAACAACUUCCGUUGCGUCAUCUGUCCCAUGGUGGGAGUAUAAUUAA